AUGUGGUCUCCUGUUCUGUCUCUGGGGUUUCUGCUGUCAGGUAAUGAGGAGCUGUGGGUCCCAUCAGCCUUGGAGAUGCCGAAGCGACGAGACAUCUUGGCGAUUGUCCUGAUUGUGCUUCCCUGGACGCUGCUUAUCACCGUCUGGCAUCAGAGCGCCAUUGCUCCCCUGCUUGCAGUGCAUAAGGAGGAUGGUGGGGACACCCGUCGUGACUUCUCUCAAGGCUCGGACUCUAAGGAGUAUUGUUUAUCUGACCGUGACAUUGUGGAGGUGGUUAGGACAGAAUAUGUCUACACCCGCCCACCUCCUUGGUCGGACGCCUUGCCCACUAUCCACGUGGUCACUCCCACUUACAGCCGGCCGGUCCAAAAGGCGGAGCUGACACGGUUGUCCAAUACUUUUUUGCACGUUCCAAACUUGCACUGGAUCUUGGUGGAAGACUCUCAACGUCGGACUGCUCUGGUCACUCGGCUUUUGCGAGACACGGGGCUGAACUACACCCACCUCAAUGUGGAGACCCCACGCAACUACAAGCUGAGAGGGGACAUGCGGGACCCCCGGAUUCCUCGGGGAACCAUGCAAAGGAACCUGGCCCUACGGUGGCUGAGGGAGACAUUUAAUAGAAACAACAGCCAACCAGGGAUUGUAUACUUUGCGGAUGACGAUAACACUUAUAGCCUGGAACUUUUUGAGGAGAUGCGGACCACUCGCAGAGUAUCUGUCUGGCCGGUGGCCUUUGUGGGAGGCUUGCGGUACGAGUCCCCCAAAGUCAACGCUGCUGGGAAGGUGUAUGGAUGGAAAACCGUCUUUGACCCCCACCGGCCAUUUGCGAUCGACAUGGCAGGCUUUGCUGUCAACCUCAGGCUAAUCCUUCAGCGACCUCAGGCUUACUUCAAACUGCGAGGGGUCAAGGGGGGCUAUCAGGAGAGCAGCCUGCUCCGGGAGCUGGUGACCUUGAACGACCUCGAGCCCAAAGCUGCCAAUUGCACUAAGAUUCUCGUCUGGCACACAAGGACCGAGAAACCUGUGCUGGUAAAUGAGGGAAAGAAAGGUUUCACAGAUCCCAACGUGGAAAUCUGA